GGAAUAUAAGGGUAAGAGAGGAAUUGCCCUGGAUCUGUGGCGCCUGGGAUCAAAUCCCUUAUGCCCCUGACUCUGACCAAGAGAACCUGAAAGGUUCAAGCAUCAGCAGCAGUACCAAACAUAGGAGUGAUCAGGACCCUGGAGAGGGAAAAGGCUAAUUCUCAAUCUGGAGAUUUUUCCUGGUGAUUAUUUGUGAUCUUUGGAUCUACGGAAGAAUUUUCUGGUGUCGGAGAGGAGCAGGGAUCCAUGGAGCGCGGACCACCCAACAUGACGGUGUCCCCCACGCCUGAAUGUCCAGGAUAUUAUUCCAACAAUUCAACAGACUACAAUGAAAAUAAGAGUUUAUUUAAAAGAUUUCUCUGUUAUGACCGGAUGAACAUCCCCUCUCUGCUCAUUGCGCUGCUUGGGCUGCUGGGGAACGGUGCCGUCCUGUGGCUCCUGGGCUUCCGCAUCCCGAGGAAUCACUUUUCCGUCUACAUCCUCAACCUGGCGGCGGCCGACGCCCUCUUCCUUUGUGGUUCCUUUCUUAAAUCCAUACAUCCGUGUUUUGGAAAGUUUAGGGAUUUAACAUGGGUAAUACUGUUCUUCCUCAAAUAUCUGUUCUACACUGUGGGCCUGAGCCUCCGGGCCGCGAUCAGCACCGAGCGCUGUCUAUGCGCGCUCUUCCCCCUCUGGUACCGAUGUCGCCGCCCCGAGGACACGUCGGCCGCGGUCUGCGCUGUCCUCUGGGCUCUGAUCGGGACGCUCUGGUUACUUUCUUUUGUUCUUUUGUUUACUUUUUAUGAAGUGAUUUAUAUCUUCCUGAUCGCAGGUGCGCGGCUCCUCCUUCUCACCCCGGUGCUGUGCGUGUCCAGCCUGACUCUGCUGCUGAGGGUCCAGUGCAGCUCCCGGCGCCGGCGGCCCCCCAGGCUCUACCUCCUGGUCAUGCUCACGGUCCUCAUGUUCCUGCUCUGCGGCCUGCCCUGGGGGGUGUUGGAUUUCAUGAAUGUUUACUUCAAAUUAAACGUGUCUUGUUGGCCCUAUGACGCCUUGGCCUGUGUGAACAGCAGUGUGAACCCCCUCAUUUACUUCUUCGUGGGCAGACUAGGGAAUAAGCGGAGGGAGCCUCUCAGGGAGGUGCUCCAGAGGGCCCUUGGGGAUGAGCAGGAGUUAGGAGGAGGGACAACAAACACCCCCCACACCAGCAACCAGGAGAUCACAGUCUAAACUUAAGAUGUUCAGAUACAGCAGCCCUUGAAGUGAGCCCCCUGCUCCAGACCCAGUAGCAGCUCCCCCCUCCCUGGGAGGAAAAUCAGGAUUCCCCUGCCAUUAUUUAUGUGGCUGCCUAAGAUGUGAACUCUAGGUGAUGAACAUUUAUUAGGUGCCUAUUGUAUGCCAGGCAUACAAUAUAUCCAAAUAUAUCCAAAAAGGACAGAACUCUAAGGCCUGGAAUGGGAAGAAUUGAGGUCACAUCUAGUCUAAGAACGUAAGCUGUAUAACCCUGCACAAGUCCCUCAACUCUGCCUCAGUUUCCUCAUCUGUAAAAUGAACUAUCAAAAGAAAUGCCAAAGCUCUCAAGUAUCUUUGUCCAGAAAACCCCAGAUAGGGUUAUAUGACUGAACAACAAGACUAUACCAGGAACUGAACUAAGUUCCUUCAAAAUAUUGCAUUUAGAGGCUGAAAGGUGGCCCACUGGAUAGAGCAGCAGCCCUGAAGUCAGGAGGACCCGAGUUCAAAUCUGGUGUCAGAUACUUAACACUUCCUAGCUGUGUGACUCUGGGCAAAUCUCUUAAGCCCAAUUGUCUCAGCAAAGAAAAAAAAAAUCCGGUUUAAUCCUCACAAUAUAGCUGGAAGGGAUGUGUUCUCCACACAUCCAUUUUACACUUAAGGAAACAGACACAGGCAGAGGUUUAAUCACUUGCUCAGUCAAAACUAGUAAUUAUCUGAGACUGGAUUUGAAUUCAGAUCUAAUUCCAGACUUUGGAGCUCUGUAACUUGCUGGAGGUUCCUGUAUCUAGGGACUUCAGGGUAAAGGUUCAUGUGUCAAUAGUCCAGAGGAAGACUUCUAAAACAAAUGGUCACUGUCCCUAUCCUGAAGAAUAGAGGAAAAAGAAACACAAACACAUACAUACAGAGAAAGAGAGAACAACUAUUUCCUGUGAAAUAUCCUGGAAGAAAUCAUUGAGCCUCCAUUUGAUUAGAUUUUUUUUUUUUUAAUCCCAAAUAGCCAGAUCUUUUCCUUUGUAAUUCAGCUAAGAGGAACACAGAAGACAAAAAUACAGACACACACACAAACACAAACUGCUUUUUUAAAUCAAUCAAGCUUCUGUUCUCAGCCCCACCUUGGGAUGGAGCAAGGAGGGGAGUCCUGGAGCAGAAGCUUUAGGAGCCGGCUGGCCAGGUAUUGAUGGUUCCUUUCCAUUUACAUUCAGUGCUCAGUUCCUCCAAGUGCACCUUAUAAUAGACUGCUUUCAAAUAUAGUUUUAUUGGACUCAUUCCAUCAACUUCUUGGAGUUGUCUGGGUUUCAAAGUCUUUGUCCCAACUAGGAGCUCCAUACAUCCUAGAGAAGUGACCAUUGGCCAAUUACUUUUCCCUUGUGAAAAUUUAGACUUUCCAGACAGAGCUUUGGGGAAUCAUGGAGGUGAAGCUGUUGGGAGAAACUUUGCCCUCUAAUAACAACUGGAAAUUCUGAGUAACUAGGGUUAAUGCUUUUACAUGGAAAGGAUCCUUAGCUGACUGGCAAUCCUGAAUGUCUGGAUGAAGGUAGAGGAGAAUCCUUCCCAUUUCCAAAGAAAAGCCCCUUAGCAGAGGAUUUUGUAGGGGUGAAGAUUUUAUGGCCUCAUUGGUCUUACAACCAACAGCCCAGCUGGUGGGCCCUGGAACAUUCGGUAGGUCUUGGUCCAAAGCAAGUCUGGUAUCAAAGGUGGCAGCAGAAGAGACUGCAGAUAAAAGGGUGACUGAUUCUUUGCCAUUUCACCACAGAGGACAGGUAAUUAGCAAGUGCUGGGAUCAUCCUUUGUGCUCCUCCUGUUUGCUGUCACCAAUAUCCUGCAGGAGAAGUCUAGGAAACGCCAUCACAAUGUGGAAGAUUUGGGAUUCCGAAUCAUUUGAAGAAAGUGGUGGUAGUAAAGCUUGGGAUUUAUGGGCUUUGUCUUGUUCCAUAUUCGCUGACUAUAUUCUUUCAUGGUAUCAUCAUCUCGUGACUUACCUGAGAAACAUUUUGAAAAAUGAUAGUUGUGUGUCUAUCUGCUUGUGUAAGUUUUCCUUCAUUUUAAUUAGCAACUCAGGAGGUUUAAUUCACCUUUUUUCAUUUUAUUCUCAGCCUUCAUUUCUAGUCCCUUUUCUUCUCCAGCUUUUUAAAGCAUUAAUCUCUUCUUAACUUCCAGCAUUUUCUCUUCCAGGUCCCGAAUCAGCUGCUGGGUUUCAGGAUAGAACCAUUAACAGAUAAAAUGUUUUUCAUAAUUGCCAAGAUUAGUUCAAAAUCACCAUCCCCUUUUCCCAACUUUUUCUCAAGGGCGUGAGUCACCCGGAUCCUUUGUAAAGCCAGAGGUUUUGCUCCUAACUCUGUCUUCAUUCCUUCCAUUUUCCUUUUUAAACUUUCAAGCUUUGAAUCCCGCCAUCUGCCGCACAU